AUGGAGAGAACAUCAACGAAGUUCGCUUUUGUUGCCUUCUUUGUUGUUACAUUCGUGAUGUGCAUCGUAACUACACGAAAUGUUGAAGCAAAACGUGUAUUAUCCGAAGAAAUGCCACAAAUUGCUUUGCAUCAUGAAGCUUUGCAGCAAAAUGCGAAUCGAUGGGGUCUUGGGUGCAAAAAAGGAUGUCAUUUGAUAUGUUAUGCUCCUGAUCCAACUUUUCCUAUAUGUCGUUGUAUAUGCUAG